AGAAAAUAUUUGAACUUUGACCCCAGGUGCACGUGACUCGGAAUGAAUUUAAACAAAGCAAUAUUUUGAUUUUUUGCUUUUCCCCUCAUUGAAGCUUGUUCAGAGGCCCACCGUUUCUUUUGUAGGUUGAUACUUUAGAAAAAUAUGUCGUACAAUGAUGGAGGUAGUAGCAGUAGUAAUGGAAGUGGCAAUGAACCCAUUUUUAUGCUGACAACUGAACAGUUGACUACACUAAGCUACAUAGAUAUUGCUACAGCAUCUUUGAGUGUACUUGGAGCUGGCUCCAUCCUUGCAUCAGUUUGCUGGACAAGAACAUGUUGUUUACCUGAGGUUACUCCUAUAUUCCACCUGUCAUUGGCUGAUUUACUGGCCUCUCUCUGCCUUCUCGUUGGUGCAGCACUUUACGCUACUAAUUACCAUGGUUUCUACAUGUUCUGUCAUUAUUUAACAGGAUUUACAAGUGCUUUUUAUAUAUGUACAUUUUUGUUGACUCUAACCUAUGGUGUAGAAGUAUACAUACGCAUGAGGGACAGGCUGAUCCGUAAGGAGAAAACAUGCAGGGUUGGAAAAUGCCAGUUAGUCUAUGUCUUUUAUAUUGUUGCAUGGGGAUUACCACUGUUGGUAGCAGGGACUCUCAGCCUCAUAACUCAGUACAAAAAAUCAGAUCUGCUUCCUGUCAUACCUAAAAAUUAUGACUGCUCCUCAUGCUUGCCUCUGUUCCAUUAUAAUGACAAUGUGUGCUGGACUGAAAACAACAAAACUUAUCACAUAGCAGCUAAAUAUUUAUUCCUUGGUCCCAUGAUUUUCAUCAUUAUAACCAAUGCUAUUGUUUAUUACCUUGCCUUUCGGGCAUUCCAAGGAUCACUGUUAAAUCAAGGUCUCCUUGGAUACACACAGAGGCAAGAACAAUAUGCAGUGAGAAAUAAAUCUAUUCUCUACCAGCUUGCAUUCUUCUUUUGCUGGUUACCAUCUCUUAUCCUGGGUUGUGUAGCACUCUACUCAAAGUUUGAUCCAAAGUGUGUUUACUGGCUCUAUAUAGUACAGGCAUGUACAUCCCCACUACAGGGUUUCCUUAAUUCUGUCAUCUAUGGGUGGAAACGAGAUGGCUUCACAAGAGUGAUCACAGAGAAUACUGCCCUACUAGGGGGCAGCACUAAUAGACAAAACAAUGACAAUAUAACUAGUAGUCUUUGAUAAACCUGGAUUAUUCCUAGAUUUCGAUGAAAGCUACUUUUUAAUAACCUGAACUUUAUCUAUCAGUUUAUGAUGAAACAUUGACCUGUUCAAAUAACUGUCUUUCAUAUGGUCAUUUAUAAAACCUGGACUAUUCUACUCAUACUUGCCGACACCCAUACUAGUUUUGCUAAAGCCUGGAAUAUUGAACCAGCCUUUGUUUAAAUAUGGACUGUGAUACUACUGUCCUUGAAUGAAACCC